UGCAGCCCUUACAAGGCCCCGCUCCUACUUCCUGUUUCUGCACAGUUGCUGUUGUUGACGUUAGGGGCGGGUGUGGAAAACUUCCUCGGCUCUGGAAGGGUUGUGAGAUGCCGGGCGGAGGCCGCUGUCCCGGUUGCGGCUCCAGUGAGCUCGUGGAAGACUCGCACUAUUCGCAGAGCCAGCUGGUGUGCUCCGACUGCGGCUGUGUGGUCACCGAGGGAGUCCUUACGACCACCUUCACUGACGAGGGCAACCUCCGAGAAGUAACAUAUUCCCGGAGCACAGGGAAAAACGAACAAGUUAGUCGCAGCCAACAACGAGGUCUCUGCCGAGUGAGAGACCUCUGUCGCGUUCUGCAGCUGCCACCAGCAUUUGAGGACACGGCAGUUGCGUACUACCAGCAAGCAUACCAGCACUCCGGCAUCCGAGCUGCCAGGCUGCAGAAGAAGGAGGUGUUGGUCGGGUGCUGUGUCUUAAUCACCUGCCGGCAGCGUAACUGGCCCCUGACCAUGGGGACCAUCUGCACCCUGCUGUACGCAGAUCUGGAUGUGUUUUCUGGCACCUACAUGCAGAUGGUGAAGCUCCUGGGGCUGGAUGUGCCGUCUCUGUGCUUGGUGGACCUGGUGAAGACCUACUGUAGCAGCUUCAAACUCUUCGAAGCCUCCCCGUCCGUGCCGGCCAAGUACGUGGAAGACAAGGAUAAGAUGCUGUCGCGGACGCUGCAGUUGGUGGAGCUGGCAGAUGAGACGUGGCUGGUGACCGGGCGGCACCCCUUGCCUGUCAUCACCGCUGCCACCUUCCUGGCUUGGCAGUCACUGCGACCUUCCGAUCGGCUGCCCUGUUCCCUAGCCCGAUUCUGUAAAUUGGCGAAUGUGGACCUGCCCUACCCUGCUUCCUCCCGCCUGCAGGAGCUGCUGGCUGUGCUGCUGCGGAUGGCCGAGCAGCUGGCCUGGCUGCAGGUGCUGAAGCUCGACAAACGGUCUGUGGUCAAGCACAUCGGCGACCUUCUCCAGCACCGCCACACGUUGGUCCGCAAGGCCUUUCGAGAUGGAACGGCAGAGAUGGACACCCAGGAGAAGGAGCUGCAGGGGCAGGAGCAGGGGCAGGGGCAGGGGCAGGGACCCAGCGAAGAGGACGUGGGGAGUAGCCCCUCAGAUUUGCCUGCAGGGAAGCGGCCUGCGAGCCCUGCCCUCCUCCUCCCACCCUGCAUGUUGAAGCCCCCAAAGCGGGUCUGCCCCACCCCGCCUGUCUCCACGGUCACCGGAGAUGAGAACAUUUCUGAUAGUGAGAUCGAGCAGUAUUUGCGUACCCCUCAGGAAGUUAGGGACUUCCAGAGAGCCCAGGCCGCUGGUCAGGCUGCCAUGAACGUUCCUAACCCUCCCUGAUGCACAGCCAGGGUCAGGGGUGCUUCCCCCCAGCUGAUGGCGGCUUGCUAGCAGGCCUGACAUAGCCAGAGAAAUCAGUGUAUACAA